CCAGUUCCAAAAAAAAUUUCGAGGACGAAAAAGAUUCAAAUCGCCUCCAGCACGCGCCCUCAAUUUUCUCUUAUAAGGUCGUGUGCGCAUGAGACGGCUUCUUCAUACACAAUUUUCAAUUCUUAUGAAGUAGUAUUUACCUUACAGCCGUCAUGUUCAAGUCUACCGUACAGCGGCAUGCCCGCCUGGGUAAUUUGGCCCGUCGUCAACUCUCCACCUUAACAUCGCGACAAAUUCGUCCUCGACAACUCAUAGCAUCGUACCAAAGAUGGACACAGCCGGAAUUACAUUCAAUUCCCCUUAAACAUAUUACAAGUCGGCUCUACUCGCAUGAAUCCGCCGCACCGAUACAGAGUGAAGACACUCCGGCUGCGCUAUACGAUAUCACUGAAUUCGAAGAUUUAUCUAAAUUGGGUGUCGACGAACGGAUAGUACGGGCUAUUACAGUGGAUAUGGGGUAUAAAACGAUGACCGAGGUUCAGUCAUUGACUAUCAAUCCCGCACUAAAGGGAACCGAUCUCGUUGCCCAAGCAAAGACUGGAACAGGUAAGACCUUAGGUUUUCUCAUACCAGUCUUCCAGCGCAUUAUAACAGCCGAUCCUACACUUGUGUCGAGACCGGCCAGGACCAUCCAGAGGUCUAGACCAGACGAUAUUCGUGCCAUUAUUUUAUCUCCGACUCGCGAGCUUGCCGAACAAAUUGCUGUCGAGGCAAAGAAACUAGCUCGUCACACUGGAGUUAUCGUCCAGACGGCCGUUGGCGGGACCCAGAAGAGAGAAGCUCUUUGGAGGAUGCAGCGUGAGGGUUGCCACGUUCUUGUUGCGACUCCAGGUAGACUUCAGGAUAUUAUGACAGAUCCUAACACUGGAGUUGCGGCGCCAAAGAUCCAGGCCUUUGUACUAGAUGAGGCCGACCGUAUGUUGGAUGUUGGUUUCUCGGACGAUAUUCGCAACAUCAUAGGUCUUCUCCCGCCGAUCAAUCAGGUUGAUCGACAGACUCUUUUAUUCUCUGCUACGAUUCCCCGGGACGUUGUUCAUCUAGCUAAAAGCCUGGUGAAGACUCAUGAUUUCGAGUUUGUGCAAACCAUCAAUCCCGAUGAAACCCCAACCCAUGAGAAGGUCCCCCAACACCUCAUCCCCGUGCAGAGUUAUGAGAACUGGUUCCCCACCAUCCUUGAACUCAUCGACAAGGCUAGGGCAAAGCCUGGGGCGCGUCCGUUCAAGGCAAUCAUCUUCUUCUCCAAUACCGCCACUGUCCAGUUCGCCAACCUCGUUUUCAAGGCCACAUCUCUAGGACGCGGGUACGACGGCAUUCCAAUAUUUGAUAUCCAUUCGAAACUCACCCAAGGCCAGCGUACAAGGAGUGCAGAUAGUUUCCGCCGUGCCCAGAGCGGUAUCCUUAUUUCUUCAGAUGUCACCGCAAGAGGAAUGGAUUUCCCUAACGUGACACACGUCAUUCAAGUCGGCCUCCCCCCAGACAGGGAUCAGUAUAUCCACCGUGUCGGCCGAACAGGUCGUGCUGGCAACGAUGGAGAAGGGUGGUUGAUUUUGGCCGAGGUUGAAGUCGACGAAGCGCGAAAGCGUCUACCUGGUUUACCCAUCAAGCCAGUUCGUACCUUCGAAGCCGCAUCACACACAUUAGGGGGGGGCGAAGAGGCCUCCCCACAAGUGGCCAAAUAUUUCGACGAAAUAUCGAACGCGUAUAAUAGAGCUCCGCGACAUGUUUUCGAAGCCGUUUACUCCUCUCUACUGGGCCAAAAAUUCGGAAGGUCGUUACAGGCCGAAGAUGUUGUUCAGCUGCUAAACAAUUGGUGUCUUAAAGGUCUUGGCUGGGAGCAGCAGCCAGGCCUCCCGCCUCGCGCAGUCCAGACGCGCGGUCUCUCAGGUGUACCAGGUGUAAGGAUUUUGCACAACCAAGGCAAUCGUGGAUUUGGUUCCAAUGAAGAAGAUGAAGGUUUUGGGGGAUUCCGAUCGUCCGGCUACCAAAGCAGGGGGUCAAAUCAAUUCGGAUCCUCCCGCGGUAGUGGAUUCGGCUCCAGAUCCUCUUUCGGGGGAGGUAAUAACAACUUCCGUGGCCGAUCUCAAAACUUCGGUAAUGACCGCCGGGGUGGUAACGAUCGUCGGGGUGGUCGAGACCGCCCGAGGGAGAGUUUUAGCACAUCAUUCUAAUGAUACAAUGACGCCAGUUUACGAUUAUUGAAGUAGCCGUCUUGCUACUUCAUCCUGUACUAUUUCACCCUGGAAGUUGGUUCUUCCAAAUUGUACAUGUGUCAAAAGGUGCUGAGCUGUGUGACAUAGCACUGCUAGCACACGGCUUAGAAUAGGCGGCGCCAUACGGAUAUACAAGCUGACUUGCGUGUCACCGGACAGAUCUGCAUUUGCGAGGGGUUGUUAAUCGGAGUCAAAGGUCCUCUUGCUUGGUUCUACGUUUUAUGUAUGGAAUGAUACAAGGCGUCGGUGGUCUCUCGAAAAGGGGACCGAAUGGUACGGAAAUCUCGACUUUUUUGUACUAUAGUAAAAGAGGAAUCGUAAUGAAGAAUGAAAAGUACUUGAACCACAAUACGAUCUAAUUCGAUGAA